AUGAAGUCCUUCUUCUCCGUUACUCUCUUCAUCGCCGCGGCCAUUGCUCAGAGUGCCACCAUCGGACUCCCCACUGAGAACCAGGAGAUCAAUCCCGGCACGGAAGUCGUCGUCCAAGUGCAGCGUCCUAACUCUCUAAGUGGGUCCACGGAGGUGGGCAUAGCGAUCGGCCUCUCCUCGUGUGCAUCCGCACCUUGCAGGAGCGCAGAGGAUAUUCUUGGAACAAUUCUAUACAACGGGCCUUUCAGCCCUGUGUACCACGAGACCAACCUGCCCCCGUAUGAGAACUUUACGAUCACUGUGCCGGCUUCGGCUACCGUUGGCAAAAGCCAGAUUAAUGUCGCCCAUGCGGCUCUGAUUGGUGCCGGUCCUUCCGCGUUCUUGGAGUCUUUCAACCAGACUGUCUUCGUUGUCUAG